GCCUCCAGUGUGCUGCUGAGAGUGCAGGCAUGCACUAUCAUGCCCUGCUGAGACUAGUCAGGUUCUUUUGUUUGUAGAGACAGGAUCUUGCUGUGUAUUCCGGCCUGGCCUUGAACUUGUAGUAAUCCUGCCUCAGCUUCUUGAGUGCUGAGCAACUGGUUUGGCUAUAAGGAGAUGGUGGGUUUGGAGGCUAGAACCCAUGCAGUUCAGCCAUGCUCCCCUGCCACCAGGUUAUCCACCACCACACUGGGUCUACAGCAACCAGGUAAAUAGCUGAAACUGUCUGCAUUGUCCCUUUUUGACUGCAAUCCUUAAGAGCAGAGAAAACCAGUGUCCUGGUUCCAUCCCUGCCCCUGGGAAUGCUUGCCAUCCCUUACCCUGCAGCUGCUGUGAACACCUGGGCCUCAUACAGCCCUGUUGUGGGUGUCAGGGGAGGUAUGUGAGCCAGAUUGGAUUCCCUGUUCAUUCUCCCAACAGACUCAGCCCUGAUUAAUGUGUUGGGAAGGUGUGGAGGCACAGGGAUCCUUUCUCUUUUGUGACCUGGGCUCACAUGGUCACAUCCUUAGAACCCUAGACUUCCCCCUGCAGCUGGCCUUUGUAAGCCCCGGUUGGUCACAAUAGGAGAAGCUCCUUGUCUAGUUCCUAUCCCCUGGCCUCCUGAUCCACCAUGGCUCUAAUGAGUUUCCAGCAGAUCCUGCCAAUGCUGUCCCACCUCUCAGCCCUUCCGCCCUUCUGAGGACAACACUUCCUGUGCUACCCAGAAAGCCCUAACUGCAGAGCUCCUUGCGGCUGGGGCCCAGCGUAGUAUCUAGCCUGCUAGUGCAGAUGAAGAGAGCUUCUCCUCAAAGCCAUGUGUGUUGUGGGGUGGAAAAUGACACGUGGGACCUGCUGGUGGUGAGGUCAGCCUAGUCACCGUGGGAGUCAUGGGACCCCAUUCUCCUUUGAACUGUUUUUCCCCAUGCUUCUGAGGCCCAAGGACUUAAACAGCAAUACAUGGUACGUACCAAAGGCCCUUCUUCCCAGUGGAAUCCAGUGGCUUUCUAUUGUAGAUACUGGGCGGGGGACAGUGGGGUCCUGCCUGUCACUAAUCACUGGGUGCCUUCGUUAAUUACGCCUGGAGAACCUAGGGACAUUGGGCUGGCAAGUCCCUGGGCUCCAGAUUCAAGUCUGAGUGCUGGGAGUCCCGGCUCCUUGCCAGCCAACCCACCUACCAGGGCUGACUUGUCUUCGGGGACUGGGGAGGGGAAGGGGAGCUCUGCCAGAUCCUGAUGUCCAGGACAGACAAGAACACCGAUCCAGGGGCUUCCGGGGAGAAGGGCCUCAUCACUUGUGGAUGGACCCGCGCAGGCAGAGUAGGGUCCCAGGGUGAAAUCCGCACCAUGAGGGUGAGGAAACCAUACCUAAUAGCCUGCCUGCGGCGCCAGCAACCCAAAUCCAGCUUCCCCGGACCACCCCAGACCACAACGCACGAAACCAGCGCACUCCACUGUACCUUGGUAGUUUAUGUGGACACCGCUAAAGCCUAAUUUGCUGUCUUACUCUGCCUCUCUAGGUGUUUGGGUCCCCCUGGGACUGGUUCCGGGACGCAUUGAUGAUUGGUGGAGAGUGGCACGUUCGAGUGCGACUACCCGGAUUGGCGGGACCCGGGGGCGGGGACGCGCAUGCACAUAAAGGCUGCCAGGGUGAGGCGGGGAGGGUCAAGAUGUCGGCUGUGUCGGUUCCGGAGCUAAAGCAGAUCAGCCGGGAAGACGCAAUGCGCCUGGGGCCGGGCUGGAGCCACUCGUGCCACGCCAUACUGUACGCCGCCAACCCCGGGCAGCUCUUCGGCCGCAUCCCCAUGCGCUUCUCGCUGUUGAUGCAGAUGCGCUUUGAUGGGCUGCUGGGCUUCCCCGGGGGCUUCGUGGACCGACGCUUCUGGUCGCUGGAGGACGGACUGAACCGGGUGCUGGGCCUGGGCCUGGGCCGCCUGCGCCUUACCGAGGCCGACUACUUGAGUUCGCAUCUGACAGAGGGCCCGCACCGCGAGGUGGCUCACCUGUACGCUCGGCAGCUCACGCUGGAGCAGCUGCAUGCAGUGGAGAUGAGCGCGGUGCACUCUCGAGACCACGGCUUGGAGGUGCUGGGCCUUGUACGCGUCCCCCUCUACACCCAGAAGGAUCGCGUCGGAGGCUUUCCCAACUUCCUGAGCAACGCCUUUGUCAGCACCGCCAAGUGCCAGCUCCUCUUUGCCCUCAAGGUACUCAACAUAAUGCCCCAAGAGAAGCUGGCUGAGGCGCUGGCUGCAGCCACAGAAAAGCAGAAGGCUGCCCUGGCGAAGCUACUCCCUGCUUCCUCCUAAGGUGGUCCCUGGGGGAGCUGGGGCUGUUUUCAGGGACCCUGGAACUCCCAGGGAGUUUGUUUGCAGCCCCUUUGGUGACUGCAUGGGAUCUGCUUAUCUCCACUGCCUGAAGCAAUCCCUAGGACCAACUCCCAUCUCAGAUGGGUCAGUGGCCCUGGCCUAAUGCAGCACAGCUCUGGACCAGUCUGGAAAGUUUCUGAUGGAGGUGGACUGUUAUGUCGCCUUUCCAGAGUCAGCCCCAGGGCCUGGAGAAGAGCCAGCUUUGGGUAGGAUAUUGUAUUGUUAAUUCUGGUUGUUGCUGGGUUUAGUGCUUUUGGCUUUUGUUUUUCAUGGUAUGAACUCUGGUGAGGCUUUAAAGCGACUUUGCCCACUGUGACUUGGUUGCUGACAGUGAGGCUCUUGCGGGGGCCCCAGCUGUGUAUGCUGUUGAAGGAGAGUCAAUAAAGUUGUUUUUCUUCUGCUA